AACAAAAUAGUUGUUGGUUCGCAUUUUUUUUUUUUGCGACUAAACUCCAAAUAUGAAAGUCGAUAUGGUCGUUAGUCCCUUAACAAACGGUGCUAACCGGCUGAUUUUAGACGUCAGAUUUUUGUGGUAAUCUUGUUGUACAAUGAGAAUGCUUUCGAAUUUAGUCGGUUGACGCAUAGAAAAUUCUGACAGGUCGGAGCCGUCACGAGAAAUAAUGUCGUUUUUAUUACAUUUUUUGAUAAAUUAUUAUUCUAGUUUUGAUCCGGCGGCGGCGGCCUUAUCGAUUUUCGUAUUUAACGCGCCACUGUAUUUUGUACAUUUUCGAAAGACCAACGUCUCAGUGUCUAAGCGCUUUCGAAAAACGUUUUGUAUUAAUUUUUGUCGAGGCGAACGGACGUCGGGCGCUCGGUAAAUUAGCGAUAAUUCCGUUCAUUACAGUGUUACAAUUUACUGGAAUAUGGGUUAGCAUCCCCUGAAGACCUGGUGCGUGUGGUGGUUGACGAGGUGUUAUGAUUCAAUGUGUUUGCACAAUGUUAACUAGUGAGAGAUAUCAAUAUUAUGUUUUUCUAUUAGUUGUGUCUAGUGCAUUCCUUUUGUGAAAGUGUAGAGUUGAAUUUUCUUUUUUUCCGUGCUGGAUGCUGUUUGAUCUGAUACAUCGGAUGUGUGAAUGUGGAUUUACAACAUACGUUCCUAUAAUUUCUGUAAAGGAAAACCACCGAAAGGAUUACAUUCCAAGAACCUUAGUACCUUAAUAAAUUCGUAUUAUACAAGUUACAACUAAGAUAGUUGACCAAAUUAUACACUGAUACCAAAGUGCUACUAGAUAAUAAGUGACAAUGGUGCCUCAACAGUACUGCCUAAGAUGGAAGCACCACCACUCGAACGUCCAGAGCAUGUUUGCUCAACUGCUGGAGAAAGAACGGUUUUGCGACGUCACGUUAUACUGCUCGCCGAGCUUCGCGACGCAAGUGCCGAACAAGGACACUGUCGAGCCGCAGAACAUUCGGGGGGUGUCACUCAGGGCACACAGGGUGGUGCUGGCGGCGUGCUCCGAGCUGCUCGGCGCGCUGCUCGGCGCGCACGAGGCGCACGGCGAGCCGGUGCUGGUGAUAGACGGUGCGGAACCCAAGCACCUGCGCGCGUUGCUCGACUACAUGUACACCGGCGAGAUGAACGUGCACCACUCUCAACUGGCGGGUCUGUUGAAGACGGCAGAGGAGCUCCGGAUAAAGGGCCUCUCGGAUAUACGGUGGAACAACAAGGACGAGCCGCCCGACUGUGACACAGGCGCAGUAACUACAACGCCUCACGAAAAGAGCCCUCCAGAAAGAAAAACGAACGACACAAGACAGGAAAACAAACACACAGACAAACCUACAGAAUCCAAAAGCACGCACGACGUCAAAACGUCCGACGUUAAAACGCCUGAUGUUAAAACUUCGAACGUUAAAAGUACGCACGAUGUUAAAACGUCGAACGCAAAGAAUACGCACGAUAAAACGCCGUGUAUUAAAAGUUUAUUAGAGUUGGAUAAUUGUGAGACGUCGCCGGAACGGGAGAGUCGGAAAGAGACGGAGGAUCGGGAUGAGGUUAUGGAAAAGUUUAAUGUUAAUGGAGGCCCCCCACCACUUAUAAAAUUACCCACCAAGGAAAAAUUGUCUAGUCCUAUAAAAAGGGAUACUUCUGACAGAGAAAGUCCAAGUCCAAAACGGCAGAGGCUAACAAGCGGCACCGACCACACGGACGACGAGAACAGCAGUCAUAUGAAAUCAGAAAGGGAUCCAGAAUGGAGGCAUGGGAACUUGGACAUAACAGCGGAGAGGGUGGUGGGUUGGGGCGCGGGUGAAGACGAGGCCAACUGGUCGCGCGACCAGUCGGACGAUGAGUGGGCCGACCCGCCUGCCGACAUCGGGUCUUUCCUGCGCACCAAACUACGCGUCGAUGGUGAUAAUAGUGCAGAUGAAGAGUCAGAUGGUAGCGCGUGCGGUGCGCUCGCGCAAGCGUCGUCUUCGUCGUCCACUACUAGCACGGCGCAUAUAGACUAUAUCAAACCUGGUAAGCAAGGAGUCCAAGACCCCAGGUUUAUGGAUGUGGUGAAACUAAACGACUACCUACAGCACGGGAGGCGGCCGCAAUUUUGGGAGGAGAACUAUGUAAAAAGGGUGAUGGAGGCGGUCAGGGUCAAGGAGCUGGAGAUGAAGCAGGCGGCGGAGAUCCUCGGAGUCAGCUACGGGACCCUGUACGGCCGGUACCGGGACGUGUAUGGCUGCAUCAAUAGGCCUUACAGAACGGCGCGAGAGUUCUGGCAAGCGAAGGGUCCAUCGGGCGUGCUGGAGCGGUUCCAGCGCGGCGACCUGGGCAUCGAGGCCGCCGCCCUCGCGCUCGGCGUCAUGCCGGCCAACCUCGCGGCCUACGUCGCCGACGUCGCUGACAAAGAUUACGAGGUGCCAAUCGAGAUAGACCCUAACGCGAAGUUACGGGGUCGUCCCUACGGGUCCACCAAUGCGACCACCGCCGCCGCCACGCCCAAACAGCAAAAGAAACCGGACAAGACGCCUGGCAAGAAAGUGAUAGUCGGCAGUCUGACAGAUGAAGAUCCGAUACCUGCCAGCGUGAUCACUACCCAGGAAAAGGCGCUGUCAUCACAACCCGCAUCUAGUGGGAAAUGGCCUUCCAUCCGCGUAGCGUCACUAGACUCUUUACGGGGCACUGAACAGCCGUCCUCCCCGCCCGCCGGUCCGCCCUCGCCGUCGCCCUCGCCUUCGCCCUCGCAGCUGAUGCGCACGCGACCCGACCUCACCAUCGUGGCUGCACGACACGGGCGCGCCGACUCGUGACAUAAGCAAUAACGUGUCACACAAUAUGACGUCAUAAACACAAUAUGACAACAUAAACAAUAUGACAGCUAAUACUACCGGCUUGUGAAAGUAGCAAUAACGCGUGGCGUCACUAGACCCACUACGAAGCAUAGACCAGCCGUCCUAAGGCCCGGUAUCCACUUAAGCGGAGAGGAGAUGUGUACAGUCAACCAAUCAGAUUUUUAUAAGAUGACGUGAUAAUUUUAUCGCGUCACCUAUUAUGAAUCUGAUUGGUCGACUGAACACAUCUCUCUCCGCUUAUGUGGAUACAAGGCCUAACAGCCUAUGCCCACGCGAACCGACCACGUCACACGCUAUGACAUCGUAAACUCACAAUUUGACAUCAUAAACACAAUAUGACAACAUAAACACACAAUAUGACAACAUAAACACACAGUAUGACAAUAUGAACACACAAUAUGACAUCUAAUUCUACCGGCUCACGACACUAACAACAACGCAAGGCGUCAUUGAACUCGCUACGAGUCAUAGACCAUCCUACCUAUCUGCCCUCGUCUUUAACCUUGCAGCUUGUGAUAUAAGCAAUAAACUAUGACAUCAUAAACACACAAUAUGACGUCAUAAACACACGACAUCCUAAACAGUAUGAAAGUUAAUCGCCUCGUGAUAGUCAAUAACGUGUGAUACACACUAUUACGUCACAAACACAAUAUGACAACUAAUACUACUGAUGUGACACAAGCUAUAACCUAUGACAUAUUAUUGUGACGUCACUGACAUAUAAUAUUGUGACAACAUGUGACGUGUCACAUACACUAUGACAUGUAAUACUUACAUGAUAAAUCGUAAAAACGAGUCUUGGUCUUUAUACUCUUUUUAGUAAACCUCGGAUUAUACACUGGUACUAAUUUCAUACAAAUCUCUCAACUAAAAUAGGUCUGAAAGUAGUGCUGUCCUUUUCAUAAUGCUAGUCGCAGAAAAGGACAACCACAUAUGUAACAUGGACCUGUCAUUAGUUUAGAGAUUUGUGUAAAACUCUGUAAUUAGUAUCAUAAAGACGCAACCUUAACUUUGAAUUAACAAAAAAUGAUGAAAUUAGUGAAAUUAAAAAAAAAAGAAACAGUUUUCCGAAACUAAUUUUCAUGAUCCAUGUAAAUAGUUUAUUAUAUAGCUGACCAAAUUGUAAUAUUAAAU